CGCGCUCUUAUCACGUCACGUAAACACGUGGUUGGGCCAUGUUGAGUUUACUGUGUGCUUCAGCGCCGUGUGACUAGAUUGAGAUUAAGCCAAGCUGCAUAACAACACGCAGAUAAAUAAGGCGGCAUGAAGGUGAAAGUGCUUUGCAGGAACCCGGACGAUUAUGUUCGGGAGACGACGCGAGACAUCCAGCGUGUUCCCAGAAAUUAUGACCCUACGAUCCACCCAUUUGAAGUGUCCAGAGAGUACACCAGAGCUUUGAAUGCCACCAAGCUGGAACGCAUCUUCGCAAAGCCCUUUGUGGCCUCGCUGGAUGGCCACAGGGAUGGCAUUAACUGCCUGGCCAAGCAUGCAAAGACUCUGUCUGUGGUGUUGUCAGGUGCCUGUGAUGGAGAGGUGAAAAUCUGGAACCUGAGCAAGCGUGAAUGCAUGCGCACAAUCCAAGCUCACGAAGGCUUUGUGAGGGGAAUAUGCUCUCGCUUUUGUGGAUCCUCCUUUUUCACGGUAGGAGAUGACAAAACUGUCAAGCAGUGGAACAUGGAGCCUCCUGGUCGUGGGCUGCAGGAAGAGCCUCUGAACACUAUUCUUGGGAAGGCGGUAUACACAGGCAUUGACCACCACCAGACAGAAGGCACGUUUGCUACCUGCGGUCAGACUGUGGAUAUCUGGGACGAGCAAAGGAGCAGCCCCAUCCGCUCCUUCAGCUGGGGGGUGGACAGCUUCAGCUGUGUUCGCUAUAAUCCUGUGGAGACUGAACUUCUUGCCAGCUGUGCCUCAGAUAGAAGUAUCAUUCUGUACGACAUGAGGGAAUCUGCACCACUUAAAAAGAUCAUAAUGCAACUGAGAAGUAACACGCUGUGCUGGAACCCCAUGGAAGCAUACAAUUUCACAUGCUCCAAUGAGGACUACAAUCUGUACACAUAUGAUAUGAGGCGCCUGGACGUUCCAGUGACCGUACACAUGGACCACGUCUCUGCUGUGCUGGAUGUGGACUACUCCCCCACAGGGAAAGAGUUUGUAUCAGCCAGUUUCGAUAAGACUAUCCGCAUCUUCCCCAAAAACAGUGGCCACAGCAGGGAGGUGUACCACACCAAGCGCAUGCAGCACGUCAUCUGUGUGAAAUGGUCAGCUGACAAUAAGUACAUCCUGAGCGGCUCAGAUGAAAUGAACAUCCGGCUCUGGAAGGCCAACGCCUCGGAGAAGUUGGGACUGCUUACCCCCAGAGAGAAGGCAGCUCUUAACUACAACCAGAAGCUGAGGGACAAGUUCCAGCACCAUCCGCAGGUGCGACGCAUUGCCCGCCACCGCCACCUGCCCAGAGACCUCUUCAAACAGAAGCGAGAGCUGCGUGAGAUGAAGGAAGCACGACGUAGGAAGGCACAAAACGUACGCAAACACAGCAAGCCGGGCUCCGUUCCCUUGGUGACCGAGAAGGAGAAACACGUGGUGUCUGUAGUGGAAUAAUAACGGGCCAAUUUGCUGAAGGGCUUCAGUCAUCCUGAACGAACACGCCCAUCCUUUAAAGACAUUUUGACCUGAAGACCCCUCCAGUAAAGCCAUUCCAAAACUUUUUUUUGGUGAACAAGUUUUCAGCUAAUCCAUAUUUUACUUUGUUUUUUUGGAGGACUGUCUGGAGACCAGCUGUGAUGGUCAUAGUGAGACGUCAAGGGUCAUAGUUCUUUUUAUUAUCACUGUAAAGAAUCUGCUAAGUGAUUUCUGUACUACAUUAUUGUGGAGUAUUACUAGGUUGUUCUACAGCAGUAAGGUGUCAUGUUCCUGAAUGUUUAUGACCUGAAUUACUCACAGACCUUGGAGAAAUAAAUAGACUUUAUACAAUCAUAA